AUGAGUCUAAUGGGGAUUAUACAAGAGGCUGUUGGUAUGAUCAAUACACUACAGUCAUCCAUAGGGGGCCACACAGAUUCUGAGAUUUCAAAAUUUCUGUAUGAUGCAAAACGAUUUCUCCUCAAGAAUAUUCAUAUCAUUGACAUUGCACCAUACCAACUUUAUUGUUCAGCAUUGAUAUUUUCACCGACAGAAAGCAUUAUUAGAAAGGCAUUUGAAGGGGAACGAUUUAGGAAGAUACAUAUACUACCACAAGAAGAAAGCUUUUGGAGCGCGGAAAUACAGACCCUUGAGGGCCAUUCUGGGUCAGUUCUGUCCGUGGCCUUCUCAGCAGACGGGCAAACGGUCGCCUCCGGCUCUGGAGACAGGACCAUCAAACUCUGGGAUGUCACAAUAGGUGAAGAGCGUCGGACGCUCAAGGGUCAUUCCAACUGUGUUUGGUCCGUGGCCUUCUCACCAGACUGGCAAACAGUCGCCUCCGGUUCUAGGGACAACACCAUCAGACUUUGGGAUGUCACAACAGGUGAAGAGCGUCGGACGCUCAAGGGCCAUUCUGGGUCAGUUCUGUUCGUGGCCUUUCCAGCAGACGGGCAAACGGUCGCCUCCGGCUCUGGAGACAGGACCAUCAAACUCUGGGAUGUCACAACAGGUGAAGAGCGUCGGACGCUCAAGGGUCAUUCCAACUGUGUUUGGUCCGUGGCCUUCUCACCAGACUGGCAAACAGUCGCCUCUGGUUCUGGGGACCAGACCAUCAAACUCUGGGAUGUCACAACAGGUGAAGAGCGUCAGACGCUCAAGGGCCAUUCCAAAUGGGUUCGGUCCCUGGCCUUCUCACCAGACGGCCGGACAGUCGCCUCCCGGGUUUCCUUGUCAGACGAUUGGGUGGCCUUUGGAAGUGAAAAAGUCCUAUGGCUCCCUUCUGAAUAUCGAACAUUUUCUUCAUCGGCUACUAGAGAUGAUAUUCUUGCUCUGGGGUAUAGUGACGGGCGGGUUUUCGUUGUAGGAUUCCCUACAGAUUAA